CAACUCUUCACUGUUACUCAAGAAACAAACGGCAGAGGACCUGUUGUUUUUAGCUGGCAGAAGAGUGGUAACUACCUUGCUUGUGUAGGUUCCUACAGAAGAGUACAUAUUUUCGACAGGCAAGGAAAUUUAUAUCAUCAAAUAUCCUUAGAAGAUUCUGGAAAAGUUAUUGCUUUGGACUGGGAUUAUAGUGAUGAAACUCUUGCCAUAAUGCAAGAAGGUUCAAGUAAGGUACCUCUCUUUCAUAUUAAUACAAAAAAGGAGGAAAAUAUUGAAACAAGUAUGAAAGAGUUGAGUUUUAUGAGGUGGGCCAUUGCUGGACCUUACUUGGCUAUCGGAAGUGUAAAAGGAACAUUGCUAAUCUACAAUAAGAAAAUUAGCAAGUACGUCCCUAUCAAGGGUAAACAUACAAAAAAGAUUACAACAGGUUCUUGGAAUGCUCAAAAUGUUCUUGCUCUUGGUUCUGAAGAUAUGCAAAUAACUAUCAGUGAUAUUAAUGGUGACAAUAUCAAACAAAAACCAGCCAAAUCUGAACCAAAAACAAUGGAAUUUUUGAGGGUAAAGAAGAGAAAUUCAAAGGAUACAACUGUUGCUGCAAUAGUAGGAGGAAAUUUUUGGAUGUAUGAUUAUGAAGAUGAAACAGAACCGAAACCAACAGAACUUGGAUUUAGUGAUGAUUAUGGUAAAAUGGUUUGCUUUAAAUCAUUUGGUGACGGAUAUUUGCUCCUUGGUUUCGAUAAGGGUUAUGUUGUGAUUGCCUCAACACAUGCUGAAGAAAUUGGUAAUGAAGUUAAUUCUUGUAAAGUCCAUGAUUCUGAAUUGAAGAAUAUUACCUAUUGUGAUGCUUUGAAGAAGGGUGCCUCAAUAGGAGAAAAUUGUGUCAAAGUAUUUGAUUUAUCAGAUUUAGCAACAUUUGAUACAAACACUGUAGAUAGAUAUGAAUUAGACAAUGAAUAUGGAGCUCUGAAUAAGGUACAGUGGACAGAAGAUGGACAAAUAUUGACAGUGUCCUCAAACAAUGGUAAUUUGUACAAUUUUUUGACCAGUAUUCCAGCAUUGAACGACAACCAUGGUAAAAAUGUAUUAAUGUUAGUUUCUCUCAGAGAACUGAUGAUUAAGGAUGAAGUUAAUGAAAAAGUAGUUGCCAGGUUUUCAAUUGAUAUUGAACCAAGUUUUGUGGCACUUGGUCCAGAACAUGUUGCUGUUGGAAUGAAUAAUAGAGUUUGGUAUUAUAGAGUUGAAAAUAGUUCUGCAACAUUAAUAUCCACAAGAGAAUAUUUAGGAACAGUUGAAAAAGUAUUUGUUGGAUUCGAUUACGCUGCUGUAUUGUCAGGUGGUAAGAUUACGCUUCAUCUUAUUGAGAAUACAGAAGAUGAAAAAUGGAAAGGAAGAGAAGAAAAACACUUUCCUGAAAAGGAUGAUGGGUCAGUUAUUACAACGUUAACUAUGGCUCCAGAUUUCCUUAUCUAUGGAACAUCUAGAGGCACAAUAUGUUACUUUUCUCUGGAUGAUUGGUCAACAGUGAAUGAGUUUAGACAUGAUGUUGGUAUUUCUUCUGUAUUUACUAAUAUUAUUGGUACUAGAUUGGUAUUUAUUGAUGAAACAAAUGCAGGAUUUUUAUAUAGUCCUGUGGAUGAUUCACUUGUGGGAAUUGAGUCUUUCCCUAGCUCUGUUGAUAAGGUGUUGUGGGAUCAGGCAGAUCAAAAUGUAUUCGUUGUUUGCGAUAGUAAGAAGUUCACAACAUAUGUUUAUAGUCACACAACAAGAUGGGGUCCAAAAGUGUUCAGUGUUAAAUUAGAUAGUGACACACCAACAAGAACAAUUAGACCAGAAGGAUUCAUGCCAAUAUUUUUAAAUAAUGGAAAAGUUUGCUGCCAAAUGAAAAAUGGUUCAAUAGCCCACCUUAUCUUGGCUUCUCAUUCUGAUUAUGAUUUGAAAACAUUUGAAGAUAAGAAGAGAGCAUUUAACCAAGCAAUUUCCUUGCUUAGAUUAGAGGACGCCUGGGCUAUUGCUCUCGAUUUGAAUCAAGAGGUUUUUUGGAAUAGAUUGAAGGAUGUAGCUGUUGACAAUUUGGAAUUGGAAUUAGCCAUGAAGGUUUAUAGAUUGAAAGGAAACUCAUCAAUGGUUAUGGCACUUAACGAGCUGAUAAAAUUAGAUGAAAUUAAUUUGAUAAUUGGAAACCUGGCCAUGAUAUCUGGUGAUUUUACAGAUGCAGAGUCAAAAUUCCUUCAAUCAACGCAACCAAUCAAAGCUUUGGAAAUGAGAAGGGAUUUAAUGAAUUGGGAUAGAGCUCUUCAACUUGCUCAAAAUCUUGAUCCCAACCAAAUACCUGUAAUUUCGAGGGAAUACGCCAAUCAGUUGGAACUUAAAGGAGAAUAUCAAAGAGCAUACGAUUUAUAUCAAAGAGCUGUAUUAGACCCUAACCCAGAAAAUAGUUCCCACAAUCAAAUAUGUAAUGAAGGUCUAACUAGAAUAACAAUCAGAUUAGGUGAUCUCAGAAAAGGAUUCGAAUUGGCAAUGAAGAGUAAGAAUAAGAAGCUCUGUAGAGAAUGUGCUUUAAUAUUUGAGGAACUAUCUCAGUUCGAUGACGCUGCAGCUCUUUAUGAAGAAGCAGAAAUGUAUGAAAAAUCUGCAGAAGUGUAUAUUCAAAAUAAGAGCUACACAAAGGUAACAAACUUGAUGAAAUCAAAGAAUAUUAUGAAUCCUAGACUUCAUCUCCAAUUCGCCAAAGCAAAGGAAUUAGAAGGAAAAUAUGAAGAGGCAGCAAAUUCUUACGAAAAAGCAGGUGAUAUCAACAGUGUUAUUAAUAUUAAUUUGAGAUAUUUGAAUAAUAUUCCAAAGGCUAUUGAUCUGGUAAAGAAAACCAAAUCAACUGAUGGAGCCAAUAUGAUUGCCAGCUAUUGUAAAGAAAAAGGAAAUUACAAGUCAUCAAUUGAAUUCUUGAUAAUGGCUGAAAAAGUUGAUGAAGCAUUUGAAAUUGCAAAGGCUCAUGAUGAAAUGGACACUUAUGCUAAAAUUGUUGGUGAAGGAGCAGACAAGUCUGAAUACUUGAGCAUUGCUAAGUAUUAUGAGUCGAAAGUUGCCCUUGACAGAGCUGCUGAUUAUUAUCUGAAAUGUGAAGAGUACACUACCGCUCUUACUCUCUACAUUCAGUGUUCAUCUAGACUGAAACAAGACUCUAAAGAAAUGGAAAAUGUUAUUGACAAGGCAAUUGAUGUUGUUGCUGCUGCAAAGAAUGACAAUCUAACUCACUCCUUGAUUGACUUCUUGAUGGGUCAAGUUGAUAAUGUUCCAAAAGAUCCAAAACAUGUUUUCAGGCUCUAUAUGGCUCUUGGUAACUUUAAACAAGCUGCAAGUACCGCUCUAGUUAUUGCCAAACAAGAACAAGAAAUUGGUAAUUAUCAAAUUGCACAUUCAAUCCUCUUUGAUACAGUAAGACAAUUAGAGAAAAAAGGUCAUCACGUGCAAUUUGAACUGAGAGAAAGUUUGAAUUUACUCCACUCCUACUUGAUUGUAAAAUACCUUUCGAAAAUGCAAGAACAAACCAUUGCCUCAAGAAUGUUACUCCGUAUUACUAAGAAUAUCAGCAAAUUCCCUCAUCACAUUGUACCAAUUUUAACUUCUUCAGUUUUGCUUUGUUACAGAUCUGGUCUUAAAAAAUCAGCUUUUGAAAAUGCCACAGUUCUUGUUCGACCAGAGCAUCAAAAUUUGAUACCAGCCGAAAAGAAAAAGACAAUAGUACAACUUGUAAGAAAGCGAAAGGCUUAUGAAGACGAACCUGAACCAACUUCAGGAUGCCCAAUUUGUUCUGCUCCACUUUCAGACUCCUCAUUAUACUGUGAGCAUUGUAUGAAUAAUGUACCAAUGUGUAUUUCUUCUGGUUUACACAUGGUUUUAGAUGACUGGUGUCAAUGUCCUCAAUGUCAAUUCUCCUCAAGACAUUCUCACUUUAUCAAAAUGGUUGACAGCUUGGGCAAUAAGUGUCCAAUGUGUGCUCAGACAGUAAAUCCAGAAAAUGUAAACAAAUUAACAAUUGAACAAGCAAAGAUUGUUGUAGACAAAUAUCUAAAAUAA